CGAAAGAACGGGAGCAUGAAUGAACAGGGAAACUGAGAGAGAAAAAAAGAGAGAGAGAAAGACAGAGAUAGAGAGAGAGAGAGACAGACUAGUAAUAAAGGGGGUGAGACAGACAGACAGAACUACAGACAAUUAGAGUGAGAAACAGGCAGUACCCGAGAAAAGAAAGGGCAUCUAUUGACUCAGAGUGGACUUGUACUUAAAGUCACACACACACACACACACACACACACACACACACACACACACACACACACACACACACACACACACACACACACACACUGUUACUCGCUACCUCGCAGACGUGUGGCCGGCUCACAGAUGCCUGUUUCUAAGAUGCUGGAGCCUAAACUGGAUGAACAGUGUGAUCUGGGUGCUCAGUGGCGCCCCUCAGAGGACGAGCACUCGCUCGGUAGCCCGUCUGAUGCCCCGGGUACCACAGGCACCUCGGGUAGCUCUCCUCUGGAUGAGACACGGCACCUUGUACCUCCUACACCUCCACCGUCCACCGAGGGCAGCCUGAGUGACAUCUGGAGGGUGGACAGGGAAGAGGAAGAGGAAAAAAAGAACCCCCCAGAAGAAGAAGAAGAAGAAGAAGAGGAAGGCUUCCACGGCACUGAAGCAGACGAGGUCGAGGAGAAGAACGAGAAAUAUGAGGAUUACGACACCAACCCUCCGGCCUCCUCUUCUUCCUCGUCCUUCAUCAUCCCAGAGUUACGCCUGGACCGCUCUUUCAGCACUGACGCUCUGUCCUCGACCGGCACUGACGAAGAAGACGAGGAUGAGGACGAAGAUGAGGACGAGGAGGAUGAAGAUGAGGAAGACAGCGAUGAUAACUACUUAGAGCCUACUAAGAGGAGAAGCAUGGUUGAGGCAAGUUCGUGUGAGAAACACGGAGGCUCUGGAGGUCUGAGCGUCCAGAACUCGCUACGCAGACGCACACACAGCGAGGGAAGCCUCCUGCAGGACCCACGGACCACCUGCUUCACCUCAGACAACGCCAUCAACCGCCUAGAGGUCACCACCGCGAGUAAGGGCGGCUGGACGCUUCCUUCACCCAAAACCCUGAAGAAGGAGCUGACCAAGAACGGAGGCUCCAUGCACCAGCUCUGCAUGCUGUUCUCCGGCAGGAAGCUGAGCGCCGGAUCUGAGUGCAGCUGUGACGUCGACCCUGACGGAACCAAGAAGAAGAAGUCCAAGAACCUGGCCAAAGACAUGAAGAACCGACUGGCGUUCCUGAGGAGAAGGAAUGAAUCUCCAGGAAGCACUCCGGCCAGCAAGCUGGACAAAACUAUGAAGUCAAUCAAGCCCACGCCAGAGGAGGCGCUCAAGUGGGGAGAAUCUCUCGACAAGCUGCUCGUCCAUAAAUAUGGCCUGGCGGCGUUCAGAGCAUUCCUGCGCACCGAAUUCAGCGAGGAGAAUCUGGAAUUCUGGCUGGCCUGCGAGGAUUACAAGAAGAUCAAGUCACAGUCCAAGAUGGCCUCAAAGGCUAAGAAGAUCUUCGCAGAGUACAUCGCCAUACAGUCCUGUAAAGAGGUGAACCUUGACUCGUACACACGAGAGCACACCAAGGAGAACCUUCAAAAUGUCACACGCUCCUGUUUCGAACUGGCCCAGCGCCGGAUAUACGGCCUGAUGGAGAAGGAUUCGUAUCCGCGGUUCCUGCGCUCUGAACUCUACCUGGACUUAGUGAACCAAAAGAAAGCGAGCGCCACGUCCACGGCAUCCUCGUCGUAAGAGGAACCACGGCGCAGGGACGCUUGACAAAAAUAUCUAACUAGCAUUGUGGACACUUUCGUUCUCAUCCACCAUCCUGUCCUACGAUGAGGAGAAUAGAGAGAGAGAGGGAUAGAGAGAGGAGACAAUCAGGACGAAGAGACCCCCGAAAGGAAAAGGCGGUUGUCCGAUCCGGAGGCUGAGCAAAAAGACGUGUGGAGUGUCUGUGUAACAAGCUACAUCAUCUUUAUUAUUAAUAUUAUUAUUAUAAUUAGCAUUAUUAUUAUUGUUAUUAUUAUUAUUAUUAUUUAAGUUUGGUUUUGGAGAGAAGUCAAAGUCGAGGACGGGGAUUUGCUCUUCGAUGUAAAGACAGUCGGGUACUGUUUUGUCGGUUUUUUUUUAUCCUUCGUGCUCUCGGUACGACGAAGACACCACUUUAUUUUUGUCGAUCUCGCUCUCAAGCCGUCACAGCCGGAUCGAUACGGCACCAUGCACGCGGUUCCUUCCCGUCUUUCCUUCCUUCCGUGAUCAUGCACUUCUCAGACGAGGGGUCUCCUUUCUCGUCCCGCCGUUCUGACAGACUUUUAGAGGAACGGACCACAACAGAACACGGACUCUCAUGCUUCUGCACGCGGACCGCACUCAUCCAUCCGCGGGUCCGCGAAGGUCAAACACGUGACAGUUAACGCUUAGCGAUUCAUUGUAGCUCUAUGUGAGGACUGGACGAGAGGAUUCUCAGGACUGCACGGCACUCGACUAUGAAGCUUUCAGGCUUGUUUGAGAUUUAUUUCACUUGUAAAUAUUAUAAUAAUAAUUAUUAUUUUUUAUUAGGUUUAAACCUGCACUCCUUAGAUGUUUUUUUGUUGUUGUUCUUGUUAAUAAGAAAGAUAACGCUUUACCUGUACAGAAAGUCUGCAUAUUUAUUUAGAGCCUCGCUGGAUAUCGCAUUCAGUUCAUUGCACUCAGUUAAACAACAAAAAAAAAAAUGGCGCCCCACUCAGCCUCCCCCUCCCCCGUCCUGUCCCUGUCACACCCCCUUUUUACCCACGAUUCCCAUGAACUGUCCUUAUGUAAAGUGCAAUAUGUUUUGUUUUUUUUUAAUAAUAGUUUUUUUUGUUAGUCUGCUUAUCUCUUGGAUAAAUUUCACUUCGAUGAUGGAUUUUUUUUUUUAUUUUGUCGGAAGAAAAAUCAAAUAUUCGACCCGCACGAAGACUGAGUCGCAGUUUUAAGAGUAUUUAGUUCCUAUUAAGUGAAUUAUUCUAACUGUGUAAUCCCCGGCAGCAGGCAGCUGGGGUUUAUGGAUGUAAAUAUAAUUCUUAAGAAAAGAAUAAAACGACGAAAAAAGACAAAAACACAAGGUCUUGUGGGAAAAGUCCCGCGCAAUACAGCUGUAUGUAUGUACCUGUAAAUACUCAGAGCCUCAAAGCUAUAAAAUGACAUGUAACCUUAUCAGAAAAAAAGGGGAAAAGUCCUGGGGUGAAAUCCAGCUUCUCCUCGGUCAUACACUGCUUGUAAGGGGUUUACGAAAUGUAUUUUAUCAUUUUCACUGUUUACAACUCAAACGCAUCUCCGAAAAAUAGCAAGCGAAAAGAGAAGAUAGAGAGAAUUCAUUCGGUGUCAUUGUAAAAAAAAAAAAAAGAGAAAGAGAAAAAAAAAGAGAAGAUAUAAUAAAAGAGAUGAAUGAAAAAAACUGA